CUUAAAUUGUUGGUUUAAAAUGUCAAAAUCUCCCAACUUAGAUACUCGUGUUGCAGUUUUGGGAUCGAGUUCAUCGCCGGCCGCAGAUGAAGCUGCAAGCACAUCCUCAUCUACCGCACGGGCGAAGUCUCCUCUUGCCCAAGAUAUACCCUCGACCAAGAAGCGUCGCCUCGACUAUUUGCGGAACGGCAUUGAUGCCGAUUGCGAGGUGCACGUAGCAAAGAAUCCGAAUGGUGUCGAUGAAGCCAGCAGCACAUGUUAUAAGAAAUUUAAAUGCCAUCGACUAUUUCUGGCAACCGCUUCUGAGAAACUCGAACAUGAUAUUUUUCAAAACAAGCACUGGAACGGGAUAUUGCAGAUAAAUGGCGUUUCGCCAGAGAGUGUGGAAGUUUUUUUGGAAUUCAUUUACACAUUUGAGCUGACAGCGGAGCGAAUUGAUCUGCUCAUCAUUGGGGAUGUAUUCAUAUUGUCCUGUGCAUAUAAUCUGCCCGACUUUCUGGUCAAGUUUUCGGAAGAGCUAAAGAAUGUUACGUGGCCAUUGGCGGGCAUAUUACCGGCCUACGAUCUGGCAUUUCGCCAUAAUAUUUAUGAUCUCGAAAAUUGUUGCAUAACCAAAAUUUUAGAACAUGCAGCGGAGCUUAAAAACGAACCCGGAAUUAUACAAUUGCAAACGUACGCAUUUAACUACGUCAUCCAAUACUGGCUAGCCACCCAGGCGCUACCCACAAACGAAAUAAUUAAACUAAUACAGGAAUACCAGAAAGAACAUAAUUUAAUUUUUAGAAAUUCGCUUCAUUUUCCACAUUUCAUUAAGAUAAUCAAAUACUUUCCCAGCGUGCUUCUCGACGCCGAAGGAUUCAUACAUACAUAUUGAUAUGAAUAUUAAAUUUGAACGCAAACGGUAAAUGUUCGUUUGCCUAAAUUAUUUGACAGCCUAAGUUUUCAAGCUAACAUAGCUAUGUAAAUUCGCAUAUGACAAAAUAAUCAGUGUAAUAAAACA